GCCCUCCCGGCCUGGAGAGGACCCAAGAUGGCGGCGCGCUGCGGAUUCGACCCGUGGCUGGAGGGGCGGCUGGAGGCGCUGGGGCUGGACGGGGACGUGUACGGGGGAUACGUGCGGGGCCUGCUGCGGGAGGCCGAGAGCGACGCGGAGCGGCUGGAAGGACUGGAGGCGGCGCUAGCGGCCGGGGAGCUGGAUGAAGAUGUGCUGCAACAGGUUUGCAGUGAAAUAGUAAAAAGGUGGUCAGAGACCCAGGAUGUUGGAACCAAAGAGAAGAAAGAAGACGAGAUCCAGGCCAUUGCCAGCAUGAUUGAGAAACAGGCACAGAUUGUGGUGAAGCCCAAGGAGGUCUCAAAGGAGGAGACCCUCCGGAAAGCUGCCCUCCUAGCCCAGUAUGCAGAGGUGACCGAUGAAGAAGACGAGGCUGACGUUCAAGAUGGUUCUGGGGCAGCGGCGGCAGCAAUGACCAUCAGCUCUGAAAAAUCCUUGUUCAAAAACACCAACCUUGUAGACGUCGUCAGUGCCCGGAAGCUGGAGAAGGAGCACUUGCGGGAUGAGUCGCAGCGGAAGAAAGAGCAAGACAAGCUCCAGCGCGAGAAAGACAAGCUGGCCAAGCAGGAGCGCAAAGAGAAGGAGAAGAAGAGAACACAGAAAGGGGAGAGGAAGCGGUAGCCGGGCAGAGUUGCCAUUCUCCUCCCUGUACUGCUGGGCAGCCACCCCCCCAAUCGAGUGCUCGGCGCAGCAUGGGCCAGAUGCCGCCAUAUCACCCACUCUCCACUCACUUCUUCCCCGCUCAGCAGAAGGAGCCCCCUUGCAAGCUUGGCCAUAGGAUUACAAAGCAGGAACUGGCUCCCUAGGCAAGAAUCAGUGACUGCUUCUGUUUCGCUUGGAUCACUGAAAGAAAAACCAUGUGUACACCUUUUGCUGUCCAGGUAUUAGGCUGACUGGUCGUGGCAACGUCUGUAACCAAAGAAUUGUAGGGUGGCAACAUUCCCCCUCCCUUUUUUUCUAUUUAUAUUACCCACUUCAAGAGAAAGCGUAAAGGUGAGGGGGGGAAAGCUUGAAAUGUUCUCUGUGGCCAGCAGCUGCUUUGGAGCUGUGAAGAAAAAAAAAACCCAUUUCCACUGCGCAAAAGCCAGGGAGACAUUUUGAAGUUGACUUCAGAGCCAAGGGCACCUGACUCGACCCUCAGCCACCAAAAAAGCAAUCCAGACUUUUCUUCUUGUGGGGAUGGGGCGAGAAAAUCUGGGUGACGUCCACCAGCCUUGAUUAUUGAUGUCUAAGUAAA